GAGAGAGAGACAGUCAGGCAGAGCAACUGAAAGGUUUACACCAAAGGAGGACAAGUCAAGAGGAAGCUGAAAAAGAGAGACAGAGAACAGCAAAUACUUGAAUUAAGGUUGGAUAUGGCCAGGUUGGAUGUCACAGAGAUGUUUCAUGGUAUUUUGUUUCCUGGACAUCUGCACACCCAGGAAUCCUUGCAACUUGCUCUCAAAUUUCCAUUUCAGGAUACGGAUAUCCUCAUUGCCUCCUAUCCAAAGUCAGGCACCACAUGGAUGCAGGAAAUUGUGUCCCUCAUAUCUUGCAGAGGGGACCCACAUCUGACCCAAAAUGUCCCAAACUGGACCAGGGCUCCCUGGCUGGAGCAAUACUAUUGUGCUGCGGUACUGGAAGCCUCAUCCACCACACCUCGAGUCAUCACCACACACCUGCCUCAUCACUUACUGGGUCCAAUGCUCCAGGGCUCUAAAGCCAAGGUCAUUUACGUGAGCAGAAAUCCUAAAGAUGUGGUGGUGUCUUUUUACCACUUCCACAAAAUAGCCAAAUUUCUCCCUGAGGCUGGCACAUUUCCAGAGUUUUUAGAUCGAUUCCUGGAGGGCACACUGAACUUUGGCUCCUGGUUUGACCAUUUCAAAGGCUGGAUCAGUCAAACAGCGACUAUGGACAAUCUGCUUCACAUCACCUAUGAAGAGAUGUCAUUGGACCUACAUGGUGCCAUAAAAAGGAUCAGCGCUUUCUUACAGUGUCCCCUGGUGGAGGACGAGGUCAAAAACUGUGUGAAAUACUGCAGCUUCACGAGCAUGAAAGACAACGAGAUGGUCAACUACACCCUCGUCCCUGAUGAGAUAAUGGACCAUAGCAAGGGCUCCUUCAUGAGGAAAGGUAAAACUGGUGACUGGAAAAACAUGUUCACAGAGGAGCAGAAUCAAUAUUUCAAAAGGAUCUUCAAGUCCAAGAUGCAGGACUGCACUUUUGAGAGCAAAUCUCACAGGACACAAAGAAACUGUGAAAAAAAAGCUGAAGUUAAUGAAGUUUGAAAUCGUGUUGCAUCCUGUGACAUGGAUCAAGAACUUAAAUCUUGCUAAUUAGGUCAACAUUAAUCUUAUGUGUGCAGUUGUAGUUAAGCAGACACUUUGAGAAAUGUGGUUCUCAGUACCCCUCUACACCUUUUAUGUUCUUUUGCUUUGAUGCUUUCUUUAAUGUAUCUAUGCAUGAAGUGACAUUUGU